AUGGAAAGCACAACAAAUACUUUUAUAGAGGCUGAAUACACGCAGGAUGUCGUAACUCUAUUACAAGAAAUUUUAGAGCUAUACAAAAAUGGAUGCGACCAUUGGGAGCCAGAUUUAAACAUUCUGAACCGAGUCGUCGAAUAUUAUCAAUCAUACAAAAAAAAAAUAAGCAAGCGAGCGAUAUACAAUUUAUUGUCGCAAAUUGUGGCACAAGAUAACAUUCCAGCGCAUAUAAACCUUCAAGCAUUCUUGACUAGAUGGGGUUUCGGCACACAGUCAGACAUAAAGAGAGCAUUUCAAAUGUUUCAUCACUCGGCGGAGUUGGGGGAUCCAAUAGCACAGAGUGAACUCGGAUUUUUUUACAAUAAUGAAUUGGGGACUACAAGAAAUCGAAAAAUGGCAUAUAUAUGGUAUAAACGGUCGGCUGAACAAGGAUAUCCGUUAGGUCAGUCUAAUUUGGCAUAUUGGUAUUUGACUGGUGGAUGUAGGGUGGAUGUGGAAAAGAGCAACGGGAAAAAGGCAUUUUAUUGGUAUUCGAAAGCAUCUGCUGCAGGAUUAGCGUCGGCUGAAGCACGGUUAGGGUUGUUGUUUCAAAAAGGAAUUGGUACAAUGCAAGAUAAACAUGAAGCGCUGCGAUAUUAUCGUAAAGCGAUUAAACAACAAAAUGAAAAUGCGAGAGUUGGACUGGAGUGGAUGAUGUUUUGA